AUGCAACCUUCUUGGUGAAUUAUCAGAUAUUUCAAACCCAAAGCAACUUGAAGAAGAGCUUUGUAAAUACUUUACUAUAUGCCAUAAAACUAAUAGUGAUGAAUAUUCUGUCACAUUUUUUCAAUUUGCAAUUAAUGCAUUAAACUGGUAUUUUAAUGGUAAAACAAGUAAAUUAAAACCAAUUAACCUAAAUGAUAAAAAGGCAUACUCUGAUCUUUGGCAUAGAUUAAAUAGAAAAAUUAAAAUGUUAUCUGCAAGUGAGUAUAGAGAAUUAAAUGGAUCUGAUGCCUUAACAAUUAAUGAAGUUCAACAAAUUCUAUCACAUUUACAAAUAUCAAGACUUAAUCCCAAAGGAUUGCUGAAUAGAGUUUUCUUUUUUAAUGCACUUUGUCUUGAUCUAUGUG